AUGAAAUUGGAUUCAAAUAAUAAGAUGAUCAGUGGUAACAGUGGGGCAGAAACGCCCGAGGAAGUAGUGGACCCCCGACAAAACGCUGAAGAUCUGAUUGAUGAGAUAUUGGCUGAGUUUUCAGAGUCCCGAUCCCCCGAUACGAGGUACACCGGUAUUCCUGAAAAUCUACUUAAUAUAAUGCAGUCUUCGAGACCAUCGACCAACGUGUAUUCGAUUAACCAACCGCCACAGACGCGAACGCCUGCUAAUUCGUUCUCUGACAACUCCACUGUGGACGAUAUUGACCCAUCCUCUGACCUGGGAACGUCGAUACGUAAUAAAUGUGUGGAGUUAGAAGAGAUUCUUCAAAGUUUGAAAUCGCGGCUAAACCACGUAGUCCUCGACGAAAAUAUUGUUUUAAGUCCCGAUGUCAAUUCAAUGGAAGCUCAGCUGGAACAUGAUUUAGAUACAGAUUGUCAGGAAGAUUUAUCACUUCAAGAGUUUCUUGAAAUCUUACAUUCUCAGAAUAAAGUGACACAGAAUUCUGUACAAUAA